UUCCCUCACCUCCGAUUCCAAGCCCUAGUUUUGAACUAGAAGCAAAUCCAAAUCAACCUCAUCGCAGAUGGCAAUCGCGAGAACCGGAGUUUAUGUCGAUGAUUACCUUGAGUAUGCAAGUACUUUGCCGGCGGAACUCCAGAGACUGCUGAACACAAUCCGUGAACUCGACGGAAGAUCUCAGUCGCUGAUUAACCAGACGAGACAACAGACUAAGUUGUGCUUAGGAUUGGCGUCACAGAGUUCCAAGAAAGGGGUUGGGAAUCAUUACAACAAUGGCCAUGAUGACGAAGAAACGAUCGAGAAAAUGCGUAAGGAGAUUGAAUCAAGCCAAGAAAACGCGCUAAGUUUGUGUACUGAGAAGGUGUUAUUGGCAAGACAAGCCUAUGAUCUCAUAGAUAGUCAUGUAAAGCGACUUGAUGAAGAUCUGAAUAACUUUGCAGAAGAUCUGAAGCAAGAGGGAAAAAUUCCGCCAGACGAGCCUUCAGUUCUUCCUCCACUACCAAUAGUUCCAAAACCUGAAAAACGCAAGUCCUUCUACAGCACACCUCAGUCCAAGAAGAUCGAUUACAGGGACAGAGACUGGGAUCAAGAACGUGAUAGGGAUUUCGAACUCAUGCCUCCUCCAGGUAGCCAUCGGAAAGACUUCACCCCCGUAGAUGAUCAGCCCAUCGAUCCUAAUGAACCAACCUACUGUGUCUGCCACCAGGUGUCCUUUGGAGACAUGAUUGCCUGUGACAACGAGAAUUGCCAAGGAGGUGAAUGGUUUCACUACACAUGCGUCGGUCUGACACCGGAGACAAGAUUCAAAGGAAAAUGGUAUUGCCCAACCUGCAGACUUCUCCCUCAAUCGCAGCAGUAGUGUUUAUACCCGUGAACCAGGUACCCAUUUCUAGCGCGAAACCCCCCUCUAGAUAUGGCAUAAGUAAUUCGGAACAUAGGUCCAGGAGAAAAUUGUCAUAUCCUCGAUGUUUCCGGGUUAGUCUUAGUCAUUAGUUCUUCCGACUGCAGUUUCACCACACUUUUCACAUCCUCGAAAUUUUCGGGUUAGUCUCAGUUCUUCCUGGUGCAGUUUCACCAUUUUCGUGUCUGCACCUAGUUGCCUGCGUACGGCGUUUUGUGUGUUGUGUCCUAUAUCUGUACCGAGUUACACACGCAUGAUAGAACUCAUCUGUCUCUGGAUGUGAAUUUUUCUUCUUUUUUCCUUUUUUUUCUAGAUGGGCUGUGUAGUAUGUGUGGGUUUGAUAUGUAUAAUAUUCUCUAGAUCUUGGAAGGGAACACAAGAACCAAGGAUAUAAGUUUCAUUAGAAGAAAACCAAGCAAUUCAUAGAGAACCA